UUGCAUCUUAUAAUCAUUGAUCGUUUCUUUUCAAGAAGAUUAACAUAUUUUUUUAAUAAUAUUAUUUUUAAAUCUUUAUGCAAAAAAUUAUUGUAAUAUUAACAAAAAUUAUUGUAAAAUAUAAAAUCUUACAUUUUUCUUUAAGUGACAAUAAACAUGACAACAGCACUGUAUCUAGAACAUUAUUUGGACAGUUUGGAACAUCUACCUAUUGAAUUACAAAGAAAUUUCACUUUAAUGCGAGACCUUGAUGCUAGAGCACAAGGAUUAAUGAAAGAUAUAGAUAAAUUAGCAGAUGAUUAUUUAAAAAAUGUAAAGAAGGAAUCUCCAGAAAAAAAAAAGGAACAAUUGACUCAUAUUCAAAACUUGUUUAAUAAGGCAAAGGAAUAUGGUGAUGAUAAAGUACAAUUAGCAAUACAAACAUAUGAAUUAGUUGAUAAACAUAUUAGGAGAUUAGAUUCUGAUUUGGCUAGAUUUGAAGCUGAAAUACAAGAUAAAGCUUUAAAUAGUAGUAGAGCACAAGAAGAGAAUAAUGCUAGUAAAAAGGGUAGGAAAAAAUUGAAAGAAAAAGAAAAACGAAAGAAAGGUGCUGCAGGUACUAAUAGUGAAGACGAAUCAAAAACAGCUAGAAAAAAACAGAAAAAAGGAGGAUCUGUUGCUUCUGCUUCAUCAGCUGGAGCUGUAGGAAGUGGUGCUCAAGUAGAUUCUACUGCACUUGGUCAUCCAGCAGAUGUUUUAGAUAUGCCAGUUGAUCCUAAUGAACCAACUUAUUGCUUAUGUCAUCAAGUUUCUUAUGGGGAAAUGAUAGGUUGUGAUAAUCCAGAUUGUCCUAUAGAGUGGUUCCAUUUUGCAUGUGUUGGGUUAACUACAAAACCUAAAGGAAAAUGGUAUUGUCCAAAAUGUACACAAGAUAGAAAAAAGAAGUAAGUUCUAUGAAAUGAAAUAAUAUUAAUUUAUUUUAAAA